GAAUCUGCGCAACGACGUGAAGGUUGCGCAGCUCAUCGGAUACGUCGGCGAGCACAGCGCCUACCACCACGGCGAGCAGUCCCUGGCCAGCACCAUCGUCACGAUGGCGCAGGAUUUCGUGGGCUCCAACAACGUCAACCUCCUGGUCCCGUCGGGGCAGUUCGGAACCCGGGCCCAGGGCGGGAAGGACGCGGCCAGUGCCAGGUACAUCUACACCAGGCUCAACCCAUUGACGCGCCUGAUCUUCUCCCAUUUGGACGAUCCGAUCUUGGACUACCAGCUGGACGACGGCCAGAAGAUCGAGCCCUACUGGUACUGCCCGAUCGUGCCGAUGGUGCUCAUCAACGGCGCGGAGGGCAUCGGCACUGGCUGGAGCACCUCCGUGCCCAACUACGACCCGCGCGAGGUCAUAGCAAACAUGAGGCUGUUCAUCAAGCGGAAGCGGCCCAAGACAAUGACGCCGUGGUACCGGAACUUCACGGGCACGAUCAGGCCGUCCAAGGAGGAGAAGGGCAAGUGGGACUGCCUGGGCGCCCACUCGCAGACGAGCGCCACGAUCCUGCAGAUCACGGAGCUCCCGCUGCGCAAGUGGACGCAGGACUACAAGGAGUUCAUGCAGUCCUGCAUGCCCGGCUCGGACAAGAAGGGGAAGCUGCAGAUCCACGACGUGCGCGAGUACCACACCGAGAACCGCGUGCAUUUCGUGGUCCGGAUGGACUCGGGGAGGCUGAAGCAGGCGCAGCAGGAUGGCAUGGAGGAGACGUUCCGGCUCAAGAACACCAUCAGCGAGACAAACAUGGUGUUGUUUGACCACGAGGGGAAGAUCAAGAAAUACAAGAACGUUGUGGACAUCAUGCAGGACUUCGCGAAGGUGCGCCUCAAGGUGUACGACGUCAGGAAGAAGUACAUGAUCAACAAGCUGACCCUGGAGAAGGAGCUGCUGUCGAACCGGGCCCGCUUCAUAGGCAUGAUCAUCGCCAAGAAGCUGCACGUGAACGACAGAAAGAAGGCAGACGUCGUGAAGGACCUGGUGAAGUUCAAGUUCCGCAAGUUCGGCGACACCGCUCCGCCCAGGACUGUGGUGGACGAAGCCGAGGCUCUGAAGAAUCCCAGGGUGAUCAGCCUCCUCCUUCGCCUCAUCCAUCGUGGCGGGGACCUCCCGCUCAACCGCCCCCUUCAUUGCCCAAUGGUGCUACACUCGCUGGAGCACGGAAAGUACCGCGGCACGAGCAACGGCGACGUGAUCUAG